AUGCUGUUUCCCGUGUGUGUAUCUUGGGAUACUUUCCAACGGGUCAUUGUGAAGACGAUUACCCCGGUAGGACGACGGCAUCGCAUGGCAGGAAUUCGCACGUUGUGCAGUAACAUGAGGAAAAUCGUGUUCUCCGGCAUUCAGCCUUCCGGAACAUUGCACAUCGGCAAUUAUUUGGGAAUGGUUCAGGGACUGGUGAAGCUGCAGCACGACCAUGACGUCAUAAUCAGUGUGGUGGAUCUGCACGCGAUGACCACCUAUAAAGAUCCUUCAGUGUUACGCAAGCGUAUAGUGGAGAUGGCCGCUAGCCUGAUGGCCUCUGGCGUUGACGUGCGGGCGACGGUGUUGUUCCAGCAGAGCUCGGUGCCGCUGCACACGCAACUGGCAUGGCUGCUGGGUACGUUUGUCACCGUUCCUCAGCUGAGUCACUUGUCGCACUUUCGCGAGAAGACCGAGGUGUAUCGUAACGGUGAGACGGCCGACAUCCUGUUGUACCGGGCCGCCGAGGUACCAGUCGGCGAAGACCAGGUUCAGCACAUUCGUUUAGCACAGAAGAUCGCCGGCUCGUUCAACAACAAGUACAAGCAAAACUUCUUUCCAGUUCCAGUGCAGAUCAACUCCACGUACGGGCGAGUGAAGAGUCUGCGAGACCCGACGAAAAAAAUGAGCAAGUCCGAUCCGGACAUCAAAAGCUGCAUUAACAUCGACGACUCGUCUGAUACGAUUAAACUAAAAGUUCAAAAGGCGGUCACCGACUGCAUCAGCGACUUGAGCUAUGACCCACACGCAAGACCCGGUGUUAGCAACCUGUUGCGCAUCCAUUCCGGCUUGACCAACACCAGCGUCGACCAGAUCGUGAAGGAGAACGGCGGCAAAACCGUUGGACAAUAUAAAAUGGUGCUGGCCGAAGUUAUUGCCGAGACGCUGAAACCCGUUCGAGACCGAAUCAGGCGAUUGACGAAAGACGAAGGUUUCGUGACCAGUGCUUUGGCGGUCGGUAGCGACAGAGCAAGCGAAAUCGCGUUCGAAACUUACGACGAAGUGAAGAAGUUAGUUGGAAUACAACUAUAA